ACACGGAGUACUUUCCUCUUUGCUGCUGUUUUGUGGCCUAUGGAAUGUCUCUGUGAACCUUCCCAGCCAGGGGCUGCCCUGUCCAUCUCUGUAUCCUUGACUACUGGCUCAAGGCCUGGCACACGGCAGGCAUUCAGGAAACGGUGGUUGAAUGAAUAAGAGCUCCCAGACCAGCACGAUGGGAUCAGCCUGUAUCAAGGUCACCAAAUACUUCCUCUUCCUCUUCAACUUGCUCUUCUUUAUUCUGGGCGCGGUGAUACUGGGCUUCGGGGUGUGGAUCCUGGCAGACAGAAGAAGCUUCAUCUUUGUCCUGCAGACCUCCUCCAGCUCCGUCACUGUGGGGGCCUAUGUCUUCAUCGGCGUGGGGGCUGUCACCAUGCUCAUGGGCUUCCUGGGCUGCAUCGGCGCCGUGAAUGAGGUCCGCUGCCUGCUGGGGCUGUACUUUGCCUUCCUCCUCCUGAUCCUCAUCGCCCAGGUGGCUGCUGGCGCCCUCUUCUACUUCAACAUGGACAAGGUAAAACAGGAAAUGGGCAGCAUCGUCCUCAAGAUCAUUAAGAACUACAAGGAUGGGCAGGAGGACAGUCUGCAGGAUGGCUGGGACUAUGUACAGGCUCAGGGAAAGUGCUGUGGCUGGGUGAGCUUCUAUAACUGGACAGAGAACGCUGCGCUCAUGAAUCACACCGAUGUCACCUACCCCUGUUCUUGCGACAAAAACGAGAAGGAUGACGGCCUUCUUUUGAGGACGGGUUUCUGCAACGCCACCGAUGGCAAUAGGACAGAGAGCUACAACAGCCCCAAGGACUGGCCUGUGUACCAGGAGGGCUGCAUGGAGAAGGUGCAGAAAUGGCUGCAGGACAACCUAGGCGUCAUCCUAGGCGUGUGCGUGGGCGUCGCUGUCAUUGAGCUCCUGGGGAUGGUCCUGUCCAUCUGUUUGUGCCGGCAUAUCCAUUCCGAAGACUACAGCAAAGUCCCCAAGUACUAAGUCAGCUGCUGUCCCCACUUCCCUGCCUGGGGCUCCUAGAGGUGUUGCUGGCCCCCUCCUCCAGGCCUGCCCCCCACCUCACUGCCAAGGCCCCUUGUCCAUCUCGUGCCGGCUGGAAGUGGAGAGCUUUCUGGAGCCUGGACCCCUUUCCCUGCCUUUCUGCCCUCAGCCUUGAGCCCAGCUGUUCGUGGCACCUCAGCUCACUGCCCACCAGGGUUCUCUGAGCAACUCAGAGAAAAUGCUUCCCACAACAUGUCUGCACAGGUGGGCUGGCUUUCUACCUGCCUUCAGGGCUGUGUAUAUUGUAUGUGGGAAAGUGUAUUAAAAAUAAGGGGUGGGCGGGACAAGGCACCCUGGCUGUCAGGGGACUGCCCACUGCGUGGGUCAACAUUUUUUCCACUAUGAUGAUAUAUCUUUGAUUUUUACAUGUUCAUUAAAGAUUGUAGGAGAGGGAGGGCUUUACCUGACAUUAGGGGUGGCACCCAUUCCCUAGGCCUGACCCAGCCCCACCCAGGCAGCUCAGAUCUGCCUGGGCCACGAAGCAGACGCAGAGCCUAGAUGAGCUAAGUCAAAGGGGAUGGAGGGGUGGGGGUGUCUCAGGCCCUGGACUGCUUAGGGAAUCAGAGGGGUGCAUCCUCGGGGUGUGGCUCAGAGCUGGCCCUGCCUUCGCCAGGACCCUGAACUGUUCAGGGAACAGGGGAGGAUGCUUUCUCCUCUCCUCUGGCCCCUGGGGAGUUGGGUGGGUGAGGCUGUGCCUUGUAAGGGAGUGGGGAGGGACUUCAUGCACAGUUCUGUAAAGCAUACUCGAGAUUCAAAGACUGACUAUUAAAGAGGAUUUGUAACAA